CAUCCGCCGCGCGAGGGGGUGUGGCUAGUAUUAGGAGCGGGGCUAGGCAAAGAUUGCCCUAUGGGGCGGGGAAAUGAGAGGGGGCUGCGAGUUUGGAAUGGGGUUUCUCUUUGGGGGCGUGGCUUAUGAGUCCUUGCUUUCCCGCCGACGGUUGGCCACGUCACGUGACAUGGGUUGGAAGAUGGCGUCUCCCACAGAGGGGGCAGAUCUGGAAGCAUCUUUGCUAAGUUUUGAAAAACUUGACCGUGCCUCGCCAGACCUUUGGCCAGAACAAUUACCAGGCGUUGCUGAAUUUGCAGCUUCCUUCAAAAGUCCUAUUACUAGCUCUCCACCCAAAUGGAUGGCUGAAAUAGAACGUGAUGACAUCGACAUGUUGAAAGAACUGGGGAGCCUUACCACAGCUAAUUUGAUGGAGAAGGUACGAGGCCUACAGAACUUGGCCUAUCAGCUGGGGCUGGAUGAGUCUAGAGAGAUGACACGAGGGAAAUUCCUCAACAUUCUAGAGAAGCCCAAGAAGUAGCAGCUGCUUGUGGACAGGAUGUCCUGGGGCCUGGAACCGUGCUUCCCUCCCAGUGCAGCUCUGAUGAUGUGCACUUCACUGCUUCCGGGUGAGAGGCUGGAGGGUGCACCUCCAGGACUGACCCUCUCCCCUGCUCCUGGCACUCUGCGCCUCUGAGGACAUUCGGCGGCAAGAGAAGAAUCUACUCUACCCAAGGAUCAGUGCAAUUAUUCAAUCAGCUUCCAGAUUUUGACCAUCUCAGCCUCAGAUGCUGGUAACACCAGAGGGCAUAUCAUUUUUAAAGGUCCAAGUCCUGCUUUCUCAUUUCCGGAAGUGAUUCAGGAGCCCCAGGAUCUUACGGUUGAAUUGAUUCAGUAAUGGCAAAGUCAGUUGUGACAUGUUGAUUGGAUGGGUUCUUUUGAGUUGUACUUGAUCUCUUAGGAAGUAUUUAUGAUGCGAGGAGACCAGAGACCAAUUAGAUUCUGGGACACACCAUGCAGCCUGACUUGUGAACUCUUCAGUGUAUACUAGAUUCAGAAUCCCCAGCUAGAGAAACCAGAAUCUUUUAAAAAUGUACACCUGAUUUUCAAAUUCUGUACCUCUCAUGAUAGUCUGAUCCCCCAAUGCCUUCCAUUCCCCACCUCCCAGCCCCUGCCAUCAGUUCUGACUCCAGGGAAGGGAUCCCUAUGUAUCAAGGCCCCCCUGGGAUUAGCUUAUACAGUGAAAGGCCCAUGCAAGGUUGCAUUACGUUCUAGACCUCAAGACCAAGUUAAAGGUGACAGAAAGGACUUUUCAGUUCUAGUUAAUCUGUUACAGAUUCAAAUGAGAAAGUUAAUACAGCCUGAAAGAUAGGAGAAGGGGAUUGUUUGCAGGAGUUCCUAUUUGAUUAAAAACUAGAAACUCUAAUUGACCUUAAAGGAAUGUGCUGUGGAAUGGUGGCAAUGUUUUGCCCCUCCUUGUCCCCUCUCGCAGCACACAUCAGAUAUUUCAUCCAUAUAACAGAAACACACACACGCGUGCGAAAGAAAAAGACAAUUUCCUGACUUAAAUACAACUGUUAUGGAGCUAUUUGACAUUAUCUAUCUCUGUGUUAAAACCAGAAAAGUCUAGUCCGUGGGUAAAAUUGAUUACACAUGUUCUCCGUAUUUUGUCUUAUAAGCCAACCUCCAGCUUCUAAUGUUUUGAAAAGUACAUGGGGUUUCCUAACCUUUAUGAAAAGAACAUCCACAUGGCAGUAGUCUGAUGAUGUUUGGAGACAGGGAAAAUUGCGGUCAAGUUUUUGGUCCUGAGUGUCUGUGCUAGGGCGCGACAGUGUUCAGUUUAAUAGCUGGGCUAUUAACCAUUUGCUGACACUUGUGCCUUGUUUCCCUUGCUAGAAUUAAUGUUGGAUUUUUCUUUCAUUUGUACCAUUUGACCAUCCAUACAAUUUUACAUAUU